CCCACGGAACACGUGUUUGCAAGGGGAGCUGGCAGCACCAUGGGCCUCACCAAGCAGUAUCUCCGGUACGCCGCCUCCGCCGUAUUUGGGGUGAUCGCCGGCCCGAAGGCCAACGUGUGCUUUGUCACCCUGCGUGGAGAGAAGGGGCGCUACGUGGCGGUUGGCGCCUGUGAACACGUCUUCAUCUGGGACACUCGGAAGGGAGAGAAGGUCCUCAUUUUACAAGGCCAGAAGCAGGAGGUGACACAGCUCUGCCCCUCCCCCGACGGGCUCUCAUUGGCUGUGGGAUACGAGGAUGGCUCCAUACGGGUGUUCAGUCUUCUCAGCGGCGAGAGCGGGAUCACCUUCAAUGGGCACAAAUCGGCGGUGACGGCGCUGAGCUACGACCACCUAGGGUUUGAGGAUUGGGAAAUAAAUGUGAUUUUUAAUGAUGAAUUUCUUUGUAGCGGUAAAGACACGCUGGUGAAAUGGUGGGACCUGGACACACAGCACUGCUUCCAGACCAUGGUGGGCCAUCGCACAGAGGUAGGCGGAAGGGUUCAGAGCGUCGGCUCCCGUGGUUAGAUCCUGCACUGGUGUUUUAUUAAUGACUAGUUCUCUCACUCUGAGGAACCUCGAAUGAAGAAAUCUAAAGUUCCUUCUCUGGAGACGGAAGAUGAUGAAGAGGAAGCGACGGAGGAGGAGGAGGUGACGACCGAGGAGCGGAUCCUGACCUGCCGGCGAUACGGAUCCAUCAUGAGGGAAGGAAGGGACCGCGUGGUGUCUCUGGGGGCCGACCGCACCAGACGCUUCCUGGCUUGUCAUGGCGCGGACUCCCAGCUGGAGGUCUUCUGUGUUCUGAAUGAGGACGAGAUCAGUAAGAAGAUGGAGAAGAAACUUAAACGGGCCAAAAAGAAAACAAAGCAGAAGAAAGGGGAGGAGCCUGAAGAGGAGGCGGCGGUGGAGAGGACGCUUCAAGACGAGAUCCAGAAGCUGACGGUCAUCAAGUCCUCCUCCAAGAUCAAGUCAUGUGACCUGCUGGCGUCCGGCAGAGGGGAGCUGAAGGUGGUGGUGCUGCUGCAGAACAACAGCGUGGAGUGUUUCACGUUACCGGCGGACCCGUCCCAGCCCGGCCCCAUCGAGUGCAACAAGAGCGCCCGGCUCACCCUGUGGGCCCACCGCAGCGACGUGCGCACGCUGGCGUUCAGCUCGGAUAACAUCGCCGUGCUGUCGGCGUCAGCGGAGUCCGUCAAGGUCUGGAACAGGUCGACGCUGCAGUGCAUCCGGACGAUGACGUGCGAGUACGCCCUCUGCUCCCUCUUUGUCCCCGGAGACAGACACGUCAUUGUGGGGACCAAGUCUGGCAAGCUGCAGCUGUUUGAUUUGUCCACGGGGACUGAGCUGGACUCCAUACCUGCCCAUGAUGGGGCAUUGUGGUCCAUCUCCCUGUCACCGGACCAGAGAGGGUUCGUGACCGGAGGUGCCGAUAAGGCCGUGAAGUUCUGGGAGUUUGAACUGGUCAGCGAUGACUCUGAGGCUCAGAGCAGCCGCCGCCUCUCCGUGAAGCAGACUCGCGUGUUACAGAUGGACGAGGACGUGCUGUGCGUGCGCUAUAGCCCGGACAGUCGUCUCCUCGCGGUGUCUCUGCUGGACUGCACGGUGAAAACCUUCUUUGUUGACACGUUGAAGUUCUUCCUCACUCUGUAUGGACACAAGCUGCCCGUCCUGUGUAUGGACAUCUCCUAUGACAGCGCCAUCAUCGUCACCGGCUCUGCCGAUCGGAAUAUAAAGAUCUGGGGUCUGGACUUUGGGGACUGUCACCGCUCGCUCUUCGCCCACGAUGACAGCGUCAUGUUUCUGCAGUUUGUCCCGAAGACUCAUCUGUUCUUCAGCGGUGGGAAGGACCGGAAGGUGAAGCAAUGGGAUGCCGAUCUCUUCCAGCAGAUUCAGACUCUGGAGGGCCACCACGGAGAGGUCUGGUGCUUGGCCGUCAGUCCCAAUGGCGACCACGUCGUCUCAUCUUCACAUGACAAGUCGCUGCGGCUGUGGGAGCGGACGAGGGAACCUCUUAUCCUGGAGGAGGAGCGGGAGAUGCAACGUGAAGCGGAGUUUGAGGAGAACGUAGGCAAAGGAGACCAGCCGGUGGUGGCGGGGGAGAAGGACGGGGAGACGGGACUGGCCGGAAAGAAGACCAUCGAGACUGUGAAAGCCACUGAGCGCAUCAUGGAGGCCGUGGAGCUGCACCGCGAGGAGAGCGCCAAAAUGAAGGAGCACGAGGCGCUGUGCAAAGCAGCGGGGAGAAAGCUCCCACGGAAGAUUCACCCGAUCCUGCAGGCGUACGGGAACAUAUCGUCCGCGGAGUACGUUCUGGACGUCACAAAGUUUACUCUCCCUAUAGAGCUGGAGGAGUCGCUGCUCGUCCUGCCGUUCUCCUACGUCCCCGACCUGCUGACCCUCUUCCGGGAUUACAUCAUCCGCAGUCAGGAGGUGGAGCUGAUCUGCCGCUGCCUCUUCUUCCUGCUCAGGAUUCAUUUCGGCCAAAUCACCAGCAACCAGAUUCUGCUGGGAGUCAUCGAAGACCUGAAAAACUGCACCAUCUCCCGGGUGUCGGAGGGCCGGGACGUCAUGGGGGUAAAUAUGGCCGCCCUGCAGUUCUUGAAGCGAGAGAUUGAAGCCAAGGAGGAAGUCCUGUUCUUUGCAGACGCCACCGAGAGGUUCGAGGAGAAGAAGAGGAAACGGAAAAAGAAGGAGAAGCUGCUGCUGACCGUAGCGUGAUGAUUCCACCUGGAUGUCUUGUAACUCCGCCCCAAUCAU